GUUAUACUUCUCAUUCUCCUUCCAUGACCGCAACAGAAGCAUUCCUGGUCAUUGCAUCAGGAGGAUCCCUGUUCAUUACUUGUCGCAUCUUUUUGCAAAAGAAGUUGUACAAGGACCUUCAACAACUCGCCCCGCAAGACACGUUGCCAGCGUCCGCAGUCACUCCGCAAUCAAGUAGCACCCAACCAUGGCAUUCAACACUCGCGCAGACGUGUUUCUCACUCUGCUUCUCUGAGUGCAGUAUCCUAUUCAGCAUGCUCAUGUGCCAGGGUUUGGAUUUGUUGGACCUAAGAGUUCGCCAUUUUAGCUGGCGAAUAGGACUUCUCCUUCUAUUAGUUACGAUUCUUUUACUCGUCCCUAUAUCAUUUAGCCUCAUCCUAACGUACCGUUCUGAUAAUCCCAGUUUUGUGCAAUCCCGUGCAUUGCCAAUCCGUGUUGCUUUUGCAUUAGCACCUGUAGCGCUUUUUAUUUUUGCCCUUUCAUAUAUUCCACUCCCCACCGAGCUACUCUCGCACAGCCCGCUAACAGCAGUCACAGCGCGGCUGGUCACGUUGGGAACUAUGGUCCUCGGCCUACUUUCCGGGCUUGGUGCAGUUAGUGGUGCAUGGGGCAUCACCAGCUGGUCUCGAUCAAUUCCAUCGGCGUCAUCAAUUUCAUCCGCUGAAAACGCGCUUGAACGAGUGAAGAACGAUCUGCGGGAUCGUUCGCGAGACUUGGAUGACUAUGCAAGCUCGAAGCCACAACCAGAUGGAUCAUGGUUGUCACGCAUGUCGUUCAAGCGAAAUGGACAACACAACUCAAUCCAGCAGGAAGUUAUCGGUCUUCAAGCCCUUGAAGAGCAGAUGAGCAUUCGUGUUGUUGCUCUCAAGCGCAACAGAAUUGCAGCAGAGUACGCAGAGUCGUUCACGGGCAAGACGAUCACGUUGUCAUGGGCAGUUUACUGCGUCUGCCGAGUGUUUAGUUCAGCCUUCAACAUUCUCUCUCCGUCUGUGUCAAACUCGGGUCCCUCUUCCGCAUCAUACGGGGAUAUAGUUGCGCACAUACUUGCAUGGCUGUUUUCUCUCCUCCCCUUGUCUGUGACAGGGGAUGAAGGUGGAAAGCUAUACUUUGAUAUUCCAUCUCUAUCAAAACAAAUCAGUCUUUCCCUUGUGGGCGUCAUCAUUUUGUGUUCCCUCCGCUUGGUGCUCCGUGGUGUCACAAGAACAUUCCGUGUCACAUCUCGUAAAACAUCAGCAUCACUGAUGCUUUUGACCCUUGCGCAACUCAUGGGCAUAUAUCUCCUGUCAACUCUUGUCCAGCUUCGCACGACCUUUCCACCCACAGCAUCCCCUGUACCAGAUGAUUCUCAAAGUCCUCAAAGUCCCUCCGAUGAUAUCAGGAACUUGUUUACGACGCUGCCGGAGUACUCGCUGUUCGGUGGCUUGUUUGACUGGUCAUUCCUUAUUGGUGCUGCGGGAUGCGCGCUCGCUCACUGGGCGAGAAGUUCAUUUCAAGGAGAUGAUUUCUUGUAGUCUGGGAACCCUUGUAUGUGUAGCAACCUGAAAUGAAAUACAUCAGAACUUGCGUCUGGACAGC